AGCUCCAGAAGACGAAGAGGGAUAUCAGAUGGCUUCAAGGAGUGACCGGUGAAUGGUUUGAAGAAAUUCAAAGGAAAAAGUUUUGCAAUGAAACAGAUGUUAGCCAAAUGUUAAAACAACCCCUCACAUACCGGCUAAGGAAGGGGAUGGCAGAAAAUGAUCCUAUGGAAUUGCAAACAUCGAGGUCUACAAAUAUACCAACUCCAAGAAGCCCAACGUCCGUUCCUUCCCGGCUGAGCUUCAGGUCAUCAUUCGCGUCCCUGUUCUCAUUCCGAAAGCCCAGGAAGGAGACUUUAAAGCUCCAGUCGCUGGGGCAGAAAGGGUAUGACGGCCACGCAGGACCUCCUGUGCCUGUGAGGGGAACCGGCGUGCAGGUAAAACUGUACAGAUCACCUCUGGAAAAUCAACCAGUUGGCGGUGCAUUCGUCCCCAGGCCAGCCGGCAUGAGGGAGGGAAGCGCUGUGCCUCCGUGGGAUGUUUCCCUGCUGGACAGUGAGUUUUUCCGAGUUUUAGAUGACUUGGAUAGCACUCUGGCUCAGGAACAGUCUUCAAGCACCGUGAAUGCAAGAACACCUCUCAACUAUGCAUCAAGAACACAGCUCAGUCCUUUUUACAGACAUGGUAAUACCACAGGAAGGCACAAAAAUCGCUCCAGUGAAACUUCUAAUAUGUCUAUCUAUGACAUCCUAAGACCAGGAGCUCCUAGAGAAGCUUUUAGAACCUUUACUCCUAGAACGAGGACUAUUUAUGAUAUGUACAGGACAAGGGAGCCCAGAGUCUUAAAAGAAGGUUAUGCCCAAAAGAACACUUUUGGUAGUGCUUCUCUGUGUUUUGACAGCAGGCAACGAUUAGCCUCACCUGCUACAGGGUGUUUCACUGCAAGAAGCAUACAUUUUCCAGCCACAAGUCAGAGUAAGAGUGGGUUUAUACCACCAAGCCACCAGCAGAGCCCAAAGAGAACUCCUUUAUCAUCCAUCAUAUGGAAUAGAUCAGAUUCUUCUAGAGAAAGGCCGAACCAGGAAGAGUUCCUGAGGACACCAUCACCCAUGGAAACUGACCCUGCUGACCAGAAUACGUAUCCCAGGUGUUUUCAGGAGAAUAGGAGAUAUGAAUUUUAUCAUUCACAGAGUAUUUACCAAAAUGUAAGUUUAAAUUCCCCCAUGGAUAGCGCAGUGAAUCCUGACCCACUUGAGAACUCAGAGAACAUGCCAUUCUACCACCAAGACAACCCAUUUGCUAGGUCUUUCUUUAGCAAUACCUUUGGACGAAGCAGGGAACAGAGAUUUGGACAAAGUCCUUUUGGGGGCCAACAGGAAGGACAUUCUUCUUGGUUGGGCUUUCAUCAAAGCAGGAAACCAUUCACUUCCUCUGACAGAGACUUUGAGAUGACUCCUGCUGAAGCAAAUAGUACAUCCGCUGGUCCUGGCCAUGGUGUUUCUUCUCAACACUGUGGACCGUCUUCGCCUCGUUACAGAACAAAUAUUUCCAGAGACCAAGAAAAGCCACCUCCCUGGCAGUGUGAUCCUCAGACAUCCACACUGGAGAACAUGGAGGUGUCACAAGGCCAUGGGAACCAGAUGACUCAUUUUAGCACACCAGAUAUUGGCUCCAUGGCUGGUCCAAACUAUCACAUCAAAUCCGGUGGGUUAGAACGUCAGCAGGACAGUUCUCCUCUAGAAGUGCGUUUGCACAAAGAACCUUACUCAUUUGGAACUGCUCAGACUCCAGCUUCCUCAUUCAGAAGUCCCUUCCCUCAGAUUCCUGAUGACAAUGGGAAUCGUCAGGGUCCCAGCUCUCAGAGUCCCCCAGUCCCUUGGCAGAAAAUUAAGCCUGCCUCUCUUCCAGUAAGAAGCUACCCGGACGUCACCGUGACCAACAGCGAUCCAGUUGCUUCUCCACCUCUUACUCAAAGCCAACCCAUUAUCUUGGUCACAAAAGUGAGUGACGAGCGAGACUUGAAUGGAUCUAUUUUGGAAAAAGACAAACAACUAAACAAGAUGGACCAGACAAACACGACAAGUGAAACGCCCCAACCUAUUUCAGAGACAGUAACCUCUAAUCCUUUAGCUGAUUUUCAAAGUCCCCUCCCCCAAGACUCAGCCAAGACCAACAGAUCUGUUUUUAAUGCAUCUACCACAAUAAGUUCCAAAAAGUCACCCAGAGUCCUUUCCAGGAAAGAGAUCUCCAAAAUUCAUCUAUCACCAAGAGAUAAGGCCAGUGAACCAAGAAAAGAUAAGAGUUACACUGAAAACGGAAAACUUGGCCCAGCAACUUCCUUUCCUCUCAUUCACGAGGGCAGAACACCAUCACCGUUCCCCAGCCCGAGCGAAGGCUGUCACCAGGAAUUUACAGUAAGCAAUGAAGCUAUUUCAAGCACUACUGAAAAUAGCCACUGGAGCGAUGACCCUACUGGUAACCAAAACGCACAGUCUCCAGAAAAGCCUGUUUUACAUACCAGGGAAGAAGAGUGUCCCAAAACUCAUUCCACCAACAGGAGCAAACCGGCCGCUGGCCACAGCAUCCCAUGGGACUCUUCAGGUCUGCCAGCCGGGACCGUACCAGGGCCUUCACCGGCGAAUACGUUUUUCCUUGGUGCUCUGGUGGUUCCUCCUACUACGGUGUUCUCCAGGAAAAGUCUUAGGGGCAAAGAUCCAUCUCUGGGAGAAAAAGAAGAAAAAGACAGCGAUAGCAGGCGUGAAAGUAAUCGGUCUGCCUUGAGCCCCUCAGAAAAUGAAAGCAGUGAUGCCAGUUGUGUGCUUGUACCUCAUGAAGCGGUUGAUGGCAAACGCCACUCACAUCCUGCUUUCAGGGCUGGAAAGGGGAAGGGAAAAGUAAGACGGCGUAUCUCCUACCUUGAAAAGCUGAGCAGAACAGACGGCAAAUCGACGCCCGCAAGUGGCAGCAGUGACGCUGCUCAGCUGACCCGGAGCCACCCCAAGGCUCCCGAGCUUCACACGACGCCUGGUGGCUUACCAAGAGAAGCAGCCAGUCUUCUCCUUGACAGCAGGACGUCAGAAAGUAAGGCGCCGGCUCCUCCAUUUAGGAAGGAGCCUCUUCCACUCCACACUGAGAGUCAUGGGGAAGGCCCAAGAGGGAAGGGCCCGUCCAACAGGCUCAGCCCCGCCUCUGAGUCGGGAAGCAGCUGUUCCAGAGUCGCUUCACACUCAGCCUCAGUAACACCUAAAGCCACCCUGAGGGUGACAGACAUGACAAACGCUAGAUCGGCGUUCAUCAGAAAAGGGCCCCUUCCGUUCCUCGUCAAGAGGGCUGUGUCGUGUCCUUCGGGGGUACCGCAUGCCUCCCUCGGAAGCGAUGAAAGAGAAGAAUGCUUGGUCUCAGACGUGGAUGCUUCUGCUGUAACACGGAGACCCUGGGAGAGAACCAUUAACCCUCUGGAAAGUGACUCAUCUGUUAGGGACAGUUUCUUAGCCAAAAGACACCACCAAAAGGAGCACUUUCAAGAAUGCGCUGAAAACGGUGGUCCAACGGCUGCCUCCGAGACAGGCACACGUUCCCCCUCAAAUGAAGACCCCUUACCUUUUUCUUCAGCUAUGUCAGGGGGAAAAAGUGGGAAAACAUUACAUAAAGUUAAGACUACCAGUAUGUUUUCUGUUUCUGGUGACGAAGAGAAUGUCAAGUGUCUUGAGAUAGUGUCAGUGUAUUACACUCUGCCCAGGAAACACAGCAAAAAAUUCUGUAGCCUCCUCCAGAAGUAUACGGAAAAUAUCGACUCACUUACUGAAUUGACCAAAAUGGGGACUGAAACAUCCCCUGAUGCUUUAGAAAAAGAGAAACGGAAUUAUUCUAUACAAGAGCCAUCAGGGACAUCUGCACCUGAAGAUCUACAGGUGCUGGUCAGCUCUGCUCAGGAAAACAGCAGCCGUGUUUCUCACAACACUGAAAAGGAGACUGUUCUACAGUCACCAAGUACUGGGCCCUCAGAAACGGCUUCUGUUGAGGCAGGUGUUUCUCUUCGUAAAGGAGAAUCUAAAACUGGGGAGAUUUCCCCAGAUGACUUAGCUAAAAUGCCCCUAGGUGAUUCACAGAGCAGGAAAAAGAGAGGGAAGGAGUUGCAGAGUGAAACCUUGCAUGCUUCGUCAGUGCUUCAGGAGGGAGAAGCCACACAAGACAAAUCCGAGAAUCGCCAGCCCUCCGUUGAAUCUGCUCACAGCGGUCCUUCUAGUCCUUCAGCCCGUUCAGAGGGGAACACUGGAAACCCCCAAACCAGAAGACGUUCUGGGGAGUGUGCAGGUGGUGGUAGAGCCAUCACAGCUCCUGGAAGCACAGAGUGUCUUCAGAAAGCCAUCAACGGCCUAGCGAAAGAUGACAGCUCGAAUGGAUGGCAACCUAGGAGAGCCGGAGGGGCAGAUUUCCAAAAAAAGACUGAUAAAGCACUUGCUGACUCAGAAAGCCAACUUUUUGCUCUUACUCCAGCUUUGCAUAAACUGCAUCUUGAGGAGGAGACCUGUUCGGGUGAACGAGAGUUCCACAGUUUGCAGCCUGAACCCAGAGAACCACCUCAAAGAAGUCAGGAGGUCAAGCUGACAAAGAAGGGCAAGGCGAAAGAGGAAAUGCAGAGGUUGGCAUGGGACCAGCUCUCACUUCCUGCAGGAAGCAAUAAAAAUAAAACCGGCUUGGAUGACCUAGAAAAAGGGAAAAACAGAUCUCUGGUUAAACACAGAUUGGCUGCCAUGUCCAAAGCAAGCAGAAAAUUUCCAGCUAACGAUUUAAGCCCCAGAAGACAUGUAGCUACUAUCUUCCCCCAAAAUGAGAACAGCUCUGGCUUCAGGAGUUUCUCUCUUGACACACCAGAGUGCAACCCACUGUCUCCUGCACCUACUCCAGAGUCCACUGAACCCACAGAUGAAAACAGGUUGAAUGAUGAUGGAACGGAUGGGAAGAAAUCUGAGAACCCUCUCCAGGUUACUAUAAUAUCCAACAGAGAAGCUUCUACACACCCAAACAAUCAGAAAUCUAACAGCAUUUCCCAACCUCAUCAGAAUGAGUUUAGAAAUACCUCAGAAUCACCACCAAAGUAUGAGAAUUCUAAAGAUGUAACAGUAGCUCAGAUUUUGGAAAGGGAGUCAGGAACCCUGUCCCACCCCACAUUCACCAGCCUCAGGAAAGCUGACUUCCCCGAUCAUCAGAGGAGGCUGAACCCUCAUCUUUCACUGGAGCCUGCAGAGAAAUCUGCAGCAAGCAUCCCACUGGCCAGUUGUCAGCAACAACAGAGGAGCGCUGCACCUCAGGAGUGGGAACCUGAGCCGUAUCCCUAUCGGUCAAAGAGUUUAAAAAGCAUCAACGUGCACGGCGAUCUGCUACGCAAAAGCCAUCCUCCCAAAGCCAGGGGGCGCCACUUUUCUGAAAGCACUUCUAUUGACAAUGCCCUGAGCCAACUGACCCUGGGGAAUGAGUUCGCUAACAACAGUGAGUACGGUAGGAGAUUCAAAUCUUCUUCUGAACUUUCUUCCUGUGAUGAAAAUGAAAGUUGGGCUCUGCAUAGGGACAGGACAGAAAUGGGUCCCAAGUCAGCAACGUCGAUACUCAGACCUAUCGACUAUGGGAUAUUUGGGAAAGAACAGCAGUUGGCUUUCUUGGAGAAUGUCAAGAGGUCACUCACACAAGGAAGGUUGUGGAAACCAAGUUUUCUGAAGAAUCCUGGCUUCCUGAAAGAUGAUGUAACUCACCCUCCUAACCCAUCAGAGCCGUCGAGCUCAGAUUCUCCUAGCAACCAGAUGCCAGAAGAUGGCUUAUCUCCAAAGGCACCACUGAAUAUCUAUGAAGAGGACCCUGUGGACUCAGACUGCGACACAGACACAACCACAGAUGAUGAAUACUACCUGGAUGAAAAUGACAAAGAGUCAGAACUGUGAGGCUUUUCAUAACCUUUUCUCCCAAAGCUUGUGAUGGAAAUAAAGUGUAAGUGUGUGUGUCCAUGGGAAGGACAGAUAAAAAAAAUACCUAGGGCAGAACAUGUUCUGAAGGAACCCAAAUUCCCCCCCUCCCACCUCGAGCCUCUAUAUAUACACACACACAUAUAUAUAUUUAAAUAUGUU